AUGGUGAAGGAGCUUUCCGAGGAGGACUUGCAUGCAAUCCGCGAGCUGUCUAGACACCCCAACAUUCGAGAAAGAAUUAUUAAUUCCAUUUGUCCAACUCUUUCUUCUUCAAAACAAAUCAAAACUGCAAUUGCUUAUUCCCUCUUUGGGGGAGUUCCCAAGGGGCGCGAGGCUGCUGCUGCUGCUGCCCACGCUGCCGAUGCUGCUGCUGCUGCUGCUGCUGCUGCUGCUGCAGCAGCAGGGGAAGACCCCAAGGAAACUGCGGGGCAGCAUGUCAUUCGCGGAGACAUUAAUGUGCUGCUCCUCGGAGACCCCGGACUCGGAAAGUCCCAAGCCCUCCAAUACGUCGCCCGCACUUUCCCCCGCAGCGUCUCCACCACGGGCAAAGGCGCUUCGGCCUGCGGGCUCACUGCGGGGGUUAGAAGGGACCCGUACUCCGGGGAGUGGAGCCUGGAGGGGGGGGCUUUGGUGCUGGCGGACGAGGGGAUUUGUUUGAUUGAUGAGUUUGACAAAAUGACGGAAAAAGAUCGGGUGUCUAUACACGAGGCCAUGGAGCAGCAAAGCAUCUCCAUCAGCAAAGCCGGAAUCGUCACAACUCUCCGAGCCAGAUGCGCCGUUGUUGCUGCUGCCAACCCCAAAUUCGGCCGCUACAUCCCCUCGUACACCUUCAAAGAAAAUGUGGACCUCAGCGAUCCAAUUUUGUCGCGCUUUGACCUCAUUUGUGUCUUGAGAGAUAUUCCUGACGCGGACGAGGACUUUGCGCUGGCCCAGUAUGUGCUGAGCAACCACCAGCUGCAUCACCCCACAGUCUCUUUGCUGCAGCAGCUGCCGCAGCAGCAAAUGGAACGCCUGGAGACACAAAUGAAGGCCCUGGAGGCCCACGAGCCCAUUGACCAGGAGCUGCUUCAAAAAUAUAUUCUCUACGCAAGGGCCUACUGCCACCCCACAUUUGACUGCUCCCUUCCCGCCCUCAGCAGCAAACUCUCUUCUUUCUACGCGAAGCUGCGGCGCCGUGCUGCAGCUUCGGGGGGUCUUCCCUUGACUUUGAGGCACGUGGAGUCUUUGCUGCGGAUAUCGGAGGCGAACGCGAAAAUGCGACUGUCUCCGACAGUUUCUUCUUUAGAUGUGGAUUUUGCAAUUGCUGCUGUUUUGUCUUCUUUCAUAUCUUCGCAAAAGUUCGCAGUGCAGCAGAAGCUGUCGCGGGAGUUCGCGAGGUACACGGCGUUGGCUACAGGAGGCUGGGCGACUCUUGCUGCGUUGCUGCGUCGGCUGCUGCAGCAGCGGCUGCAGCGCGCUGCGCUGCUGCAGCAGCAGCGCGAGCAGCAGCAGCAGCAGCGGCUGCAGCAGCAGCGGGGAGCAGAAGCAGCAGCAGCAAGCGGCGAAAAGCUGCUGGAGCAAGCAGACAUUGACAAAGCCAGGAGAGUUGAGUUUACAGACUUCUUGAGGCUCGCCAGUCAACACAAAUUCAGCGGCUACCAAGUUGAGCAGUGGCUUGCCUCCAAGACCUUCAAGGCUCACUUUUCCCUCAUUGAGGUGGAGGACAACUGCAAAGUGCUCGUCAGCAACAGCUGGCGAAGAGAAGCGCCCAGUCAAACCACUGCAGCAUGA